AUGUAUCAUGCCAUUAAAGAAUGGGGUGGAACUCCUUUUGGCUUUAUUGAUGAUGUGACUAUUACCGUUGAAGGUAAAAUUGAAGAAAAUACCAAAAGCUUAAGCAACAUAUUAGAAAAAUGUUGUAAUUGGGCUAAAUCAAGAAUGACCAAAAUUGAUUUGGGUGAUAAAUUGGGUUUUAUUCAUUUUACAAAAAAUGUGAAACCUAAAGAUGAAAAAGUGCAACUUACUUUACCUAAUGGAGAACUUCGUGAACCCCAGAAGGAAGUUAAAUUGCUUGGAAUUACUUUGAAUAAUCUGCUUGAUUUUAAAUCUCAUAUUUUGAAUAUAAUCAAUAAAGCAAGAAAAGCUGUUGGUGCUAUUUGGCAUCUUGGUGGCGUGCAAAAAGGUAUGCGAGGGUCUGCAGUCAGAUCACUGUAUAUUGCUUGCGUGAGACCAAUUGUCGAAUAUGGCUUGGAAAUUUGGCAUCAUAAAAUCUUGAAAGGAGAAAUCCACAAGUUGGAAGUGAUGCAGAACAUGGCUUUAAGAAGAAUUGUUGGUGCUUAUCGCACAACUCCUAUUGCGGUACUACAAAAGGAAGCUGGUAUUAUGCCAUAUAGUAUUAGGCUAAAAUUUAUGGUGGCACGAAAAGCUAUUCGUUUACACCUAAAUAUUAGCAAAACUAAUCCUAUUAAUGGUCAUUUGUUAACAUUGAUUGAGAAAUAUCCAAUUCCAAAGCUAACCACGCUUUACGUUUUGGCGGAAGAUGAUAGAGACUACAUGAUUAAAAAGGAUGAAAAACGAAAAUGCAAGAGGGUUGAACCUCUUACACUGAAACAACAACAAAAUCAAACGAUUGGAAUUUUGAAGAAACAAGCAAUGGAAGAAUGGCAAGAAAUGUAUUGGAACAGCAGUAAGGAUCUGUGGUAUCAUAAUAUCACAGUGGAGUCGAAAUGUACUGAUAAUCUUUCCAAAAUGGUUACGGGAGUGAUCAUGAAGAAAGAUAGUCGAAGGAUCUUGAGUAAUAUUACUCAAUUUCGCACAGGCCAUGGCAACUUUGGCGCAUGGUUUAAAAAGUUUGGAAUUGAAAAGGAUAGUUACAACUGCAAAUGUGGAGAGCUGGAAACAGUUCAUCACAUUUUGGUUGAGUGUCCUUUGCUUGAAGAAGAAAGAAAAGGACUGAAACGGAUAUCUCCAGAGAUGGACAUGUCGACUCUCUUAAACAGUUUAACUGGCUUACAAAAGAUUGUAAGCUUUAUCUCUGCUUGGAGGGAUUAA